AUGGCAUCUUUUGCACUUAUCAGUCUGCGUAAACACUUGAAGGAGCAGAGAUAUUUGAUAGUGAUGGAUGAUAUAUGGAGCUCUACUGCUUGGGAUAGUGUGCAAAGAUGCUUUCCAGAUGAUAAUAAUGGAAGCCGUAUACUAUUGACUUCUCGGCUCAAGGAGGUGGCUGAAUAUGCAAGUUCAGACAUAGUGAAGAAAUGUAACGGAUUACCUCUAGCUAUUACUGUAAUAGCUAGUCUUCUCUCCAAGAUAGAGGCGGCAGUGGAUAAGUGGAAUAAUGUUACAGAAAAUGUGAGUAGAUAUGUAAUUGGUGAUUCUAAUGAUGCAUGUUCCAAAAUAUUAUAUUUGAGUUACAACCAAUUACCCCACCACUUAAAAGCUUGUUUUCUAUAUUUUGGAGUUUUUCAAGAAGACUAUGAGAUGCCUGUGAAGAAGUUGGUUAGGUUGUGGGCGGCAGAGGGAUUUUUGAGGACAGAGGAGAAUCGAAAUAUGGAGGAAGUAGCCAUGGAAUGCUUGCAAGACCUUGUUGAUAGAAGUCUUAUUUUUGUUAGCAAACAGAGUUACAAUGAAAAAAUGAAGACAAUAAGAAUACAUGACCUGUUGCGUGAUUUGUGUUUGAGAGAAGUUCGACAUGAAAAUCUCUUGAAUGUCAUUGAAGAUGAGAAAUUUCCAUUUUACAAGCUUGAGGAGCUAAUCAUCAAACAUUGGGGUUAUCACAUCCAUAUUCCAUGUUGUGACAUUCCUUGGGCAACUGGUUUUCUACCAAAUCUUAAGAAGCUCAAAUUCUCCUGGACUAAUUUGUCAUGGAGUGAUAUGACGGUUAUUGGAAUAUUGCCGAAUUUAGAGGUUCUAAAACUGAUACAUGCUAUUCAUAGCAAAGACAACAUGUGGGAGCCAUCUAAGGAAGGGUUCCGUCAAUUGAAAAGAUUGGUAAUUGAAGAUAGAUAUUUGGAACGUUGGAACGUUGUGGGUGACAAUUUCUCUGUGCUAGAAUGUUUAGAGUUACGCAAUUGCUAUUCUUUGCAAGAGAUUCCUAGUGGUUUUGCGGAUAUCACCACAUUAGCACUGAUUAAGUUAAAUAGGUGUCUGGAUUCCGUUCUGGCUUCACCAAAGUUGAUUCAAGAGGAGCAAUACAACUACUAUGGAAAUGCCCUUCUUGUUUGUUCAGAAAACAUUAUGGCAGUUGCAGCAGAUAGCACUUUGGGCUGUUUCUGUAUAAAUCCUUAUGGGAUUUAUGAUAUGCACUGA